CCACGUACUCCUUUACCUAUUUCUUAUAUUACUUUCUUACGGAUCAAGUUGCCGUAAAGCUCACGAAAUGCCAAACUUGCCCUUUGUAGAUAACUUUAGCUGCUGUUGUUCAGGCAAGGGCUAUCUCGUCAUUUCAUCUCAACCGACCUGCACAGUCGUCUCUUAUAUCUAGAGGGCGGCAAUUUUUUUCCGGUUUUCUUUCUCAGAAGUUCUUGCACAAUUCAAUCGAGAUAUUGUACACAGAGCUUCUCAAAUUAUACUACUUUCACAAUGAAUUCCUUGAUCUCCGAGAUGAUGACGAAGAAGCGUGCGGCGUUGAAGGGCGGCUCGAGGGUUGUUGCCCCUCGAUGUCCGACGGCGGCGUCCAAUGAGCCCUUGAUUCAUAACUACUCAAACUUCAAGCGGAGCUCGUGCCCGGAGAGGGUCAUGUUCUACGACGGCGGAUCGUGGGUCGAUUACCCGAUUGAAGUGGUGGAGGUGAUGAAAUUAGGGUUUUUACAGGGUAAGCCGGCGAUUGAGGCCCAAGCUCUCGGGUCGAAUUGCUUCUUCGACUUCUAUCGGAUGCUGGAAAUUGACUUGUACAGUGGAAAUCAGCGGUCGAUUGCUUGGAUUGAUACCGAGGCUAAGUGUUUUUUCCCCAAAUUCUUCGUGAACAGCUAUGAGAAGGAUGAGGAGGAUGAAUUGCUGGAUAACUGUGAGAAUCUCUCCAAAAUUCAGAUAGAAAUCAGAAUUACUAAUAAUUCAGGAAGUUCCAAGGAUUUGAAGAGGGCUGAAGCUGUGAAAUCGAGUAAGAGGAAGAGAGGGGGGGAUGUGGAGAAUGGAAAAUUGGAGGAGAGUUUUUCCAGCUCUAAUGUGAAAAGGCAACUGCUGGGGAGCGAAUCACAGUCGGCUAGGUGGCCCAAGACUAGGAUUAUGGCACCUGAGCAGAAAAUUUAUUCAAUACUUAAGAAUUUGUUUCUUUCGGGAUUGUCUGCCAUUGAGCCUGGUGCUACCGUUACCUCUAUCCACCAAUGUGUGAGGCUGGAGCCCUUGGACAAAGCACGACUUGAGGUUUUCUUGAAGCAAUUGGAGAUUACGAAGAACGCUAGAGGGCAAAGUAACAUGGUUUAUGCAUGGUAUGGCACGUCGGCCAAGGGUGUAGAGAGCAUCUUGAAGCAUGGUUUUGGAGAACCUAGUGUGGUAUCUUGUUCUGAAGGUCAUGGCAUUGGGGUUCACUUGUCUCCAUUUAAAUCUCUUGAAAAUAGUGCAAUGCUGUCAGAUAUUGACGAGAACGGUGAGAAGCAUGUCGUUUUAUGCAGAGUCAUAUUGGGGAAAUGCGAGGAAGUUGAAGCAGGAUCUCUGCAGUCAUAUCCUUCGAGUAUGGAUUAUGAUACUGGUGUUGACGACUUGAAAAACCCUAGGUGGUAUACAGUGUGGCAUGCCAACAUGAACACUCAUAUUCUGCCAGAGUGUGUGCUCAGCUACAGGCCUAUAAAGUCGCCGGGGUCAAUGAAGCCUAAUGCAAAUAGGAUUAUCCUCCCAUCUGUAUUUAUUGCAAAAUUAUUCUCCAAUCUGAAAGAUUCUCGUCCUCUACCCCAGCUUAAAGAGUUGCAAACUUUAUGGGUAUCAUUUAAGGAAGGGAAGUUGGGUAGAAAUGCGUUCAUGAAGCAAUUAAGGGCAGCUGUUGGGGAUGAAGUCUUGCGCUCUACAAUUCAAGAACUUCGUGGCUGAGCGAUACACUGACUGCUGUUUUCUGGGAACUCAUACACAAAAACAAGUGAACUGAGGGCUGCAGAUUCUUGAUUUCUUGUAUGUGCUCAUUAAAAACUUUGGAAAUGCUGUAUAUUGGAAAAACCCAAAAGUCGUGCCUAUAUGUGGAAAGGCUUUUGAUUUUGGGAGAGGAUAUCAAAUGACAGGCAUAUAUAAAGAUUGAUGUUACUUGGAUGUAAUUGCAUUGAUGAUCAUGGUAAGGCAUGUUGUCUCGAGUUUUCACAUCAAAAUCUUGAUGAACUACAUUAUAUUCAAAUACAUGUCUAUAACACCGGAGUUUAGUUGUCAGCUAGUAGUGUUCAUGCUAACAAAUUGUGAGCUUCAUUCAAAUAAGUGUCUGUAACUGUGACCUAAUCAGAAAAUAUUUUUCCGAUACGGAAGUGUUGUGUUUUUUUUUCAUUGGAGUGGCAAAUUUGCUUGUUAUCCUUUGCAGUUUCGGUUAAUUGGUUCUUUGCAAAUUAAGAGGGUGCAAGAAAGUGAUGAACUUGGAUUUAUGGCUGCAAAGGCUGGAACAAUGUAAUUUGCAAAUGGUAGGUUCCUCGGGUUAGGUGUUGGAUUAUUUUCAUAAGGGUUUGCUCGAAAGGCAUCAUGCUAUUACUGGUUAUCUGGAAAAAUUG